AUGGUUGCAGUAUUGCGUUUUGUGUUCCUACUAUCGCUCUUCGUGAUCAGCGUGGAGUCAGCACCAGUGUCGGAACUCAAAUCCGUACUUUUAAAAGAGGACCGUAAGUUGAAGUUUGUAUUGUCGAAAGUAGAAAAAUGACGUCAUAGAGGGUUUGCCGCAGAGGAUGGUUUGAUUUUUGAUCUAUGGCUAGCGCCAGCAGUUACUAGGUGGUCAAAAGAGUCUUGAAAUGCCAACACAUGGUUGCAUUGUUCUUACACUAUAUAUAUGUAUAUGCAUAUUAUAUAUCCAAAUCUUAUGCAGGCUCACGUCAGACGCUACGAUUGGAAAAACUUUUCUAAUUUCCAAGAGAAAUCUCUCCAAGUGCGACGCUCAGAUUUUCUUUAAAUUUUGAAUAUACUUUGGGUAUAGGCCAUAUAUCAAUUUUUGAAAGUUGUGGUUCGCGCUUUGCAGGUUCUGCUGAGAUAUUCAGCGAUCUUUGCGACCGAGAAACUAUGUGAAAUGAGGAGUGCGGACCAUUUUAGCCGUAUCUUUGGGAAGGAAAAACAUGAUUUUUUUGUGGAAACGUUGCCUUCUACGAUAGAAGUAGGCAAAUUGAGAGGCCAAUUCUUGUUGUAAAACUUUGCAGGCUACUUUUGCAGAUAUGCCAAAAAUUUUAUGAUGAUUGUAAGCAGAGAUUGCCACGGUAUUUCUCUCCGGCUCUUAGCUCCCAGAGCCGGAGCCGAGGCCAAAUUUGCAGCUCCGGCUCCUGCUCUUGGCUCCGUGCAAAAUUUAUAAAUGCAUCCGGCUCCGAAUCCCGGCUCCUAUGCAAAAUGUUUUUUUUUUAAAUAUUUUCCAAAAAUAAAAGUUUUUAGUGUCAUAGAUCAUGCAGCCAACGUUUUUGCAGUCAAGUCACAUCCUCUGCAGUGUUUUUUAAGCAAUUUGGUUUAACAAGAUCACGAAAUUUUUACUUUUUUGAUCGCUGGGAAGCUUGGCUCCGACUUUGAGCUCGGGAGCCGGAGCCGACCCCAAAGUUUCCGGCUCCGGCUCUGGCUCCCGGCUCGGAGCCGGGGCCGCUCAGAGCGGGAGCCAAUGGCCGGCUCCGGAGCCAUGGCAAUCUCUGAUUGUAAGCUUGAUAUAAGAAUCAUGCAUUUCAGAUUGUGCGCCUGUCGAAAAGGAAUGUCUAGCCAAAUGCGAGCACUAUUGCCACGAGACCGGCAUGGAGCCUCAAUGCGAAUACAUGGGAGAGAAAGUGGGCUGUAUAUGUGUUUGUCAUCAUGGCCACUAA